GCCCCCAAUCUCGAGAACACCACCGUCCUUCCCCACCCUCCCCGUCACCUCUCCGCCCAACCGCCGACGUGAAUCCCGGUGCGCGCGCGCGUGGGCGGAAGCCGCUUGCUUCAGUUAGGUGGGAGAUCGAGGUCGCUCCCGUGUCCCACACGCUACUAAACGCCGCCCCGACGGGUUCCGGCGCUUUGGACUGGCUCGGCCUGGCCACCACCGCCCCAUCUCUGCACUUGUGCGGUGGGUGGAGUGCGGGUGCUGGUUGCGAGAAGGAUCGUCAAGCCUACCCGAAUUGAGGGGAAGUAGCGGGUGUGUCCGAGCAGGUUAAGGCUUUCCCUGUUAGUAGGAAGUACAACAGUCAAGACGGUACCAAGGUUGUGCUAAUUCCUUUUCAUAGAAUCAUGAGUGAAACAGGGUACACAGUACAAGUCACUAACCUCUCUAGCAGGGUAUCUGAAAGCGAUCUUUAUGAGUUCUUUUCAUUCUCUGGUCCUAUUGAGCAUAUAGAACUUAUCAGAUCGGGAGAAUACGGCGCUACUGCUUAUGUGACAUUCAAGGAACGCUAUGCCUUGGAAACUGCAGCAUUGCUGAGUGGGGCUACUAUUGUGGAUCAGCCAGUAUGCAUAACUUAUUGGGGACAACCUGAGGAGACUUUUAAUUUCUGGGACAGGCCAAGUUGGGAGGUCGAGGAGGAGAUCGAAUACAGGAACUACCAAGCAUGCCAGUUCAACACUACUCCACAGGAAGCUUUGACAGUGGCUCAAGAUGUUGUGAAGACGAUGCUAGCAAGGGGAUACGUGCUAAGCAAGGAUGCUUUGGCUAAGGCUAGAGCCUUCGAUGAGUCCCGUGGGUUAACAGCGUCAGCUGCAGCCAAGGCUGCAGAGCUGAGCAAGAGAAUUGGUUUAACUGACAGGGUCAAUGCUGGUGUUGGUGCAAUCAAUGCUGGUGUUGGUGCAAUGCGAUCAGUGGAUGAGACGUACCGCGUAUCUGAGACGACCAAGACUGUUGCGACCGCCACCGGAAGAACAGCAGCUAAGGUGGUGAACAGCAUCGUCAACAGCAGCUACUUCUCUGCAGGAGCCAUGAUGGUGUCUGACGCUCUUACUAGGGCUGCCAAGGCGGCAGCAGAUUUGGCUGCUCAUGGUAGGCAGAGUUAAGUGAAAAUAAACAGACAAUGCAUCCUUUCAGUUAUUAAACAUGUGGUCAAACACCGGAAUAUGAUGCUUCAAAUGUUGAUCGAUGUAUAUUAUAACAGACAACAGUCUUGUAAAAGGAGACGAACAUUGUGGUUAGAACAAACUAUUGUGCUGAACAGUUUAUGUCCUCAGAUUGAGUCAAGUGAUCGUGCAGUCAUGUUUGUGACUUUC